UAUCCGCACAGUACCGGAAGCUCAAUUCAUAGCGAAAAUAAAAUGUCCUAGUUGCUUUUUUUGUAAAUUUAUGUACAAGACACUGUCGAGAUCGUCAUUUGGAACAACAAUGGAAGAUGAAACGGAACAUAAGACCCGUAGAAGUAUAGUUACAAGCUUACCUUCAGAUUACAGCGAUGUGCAGCCAAAGAGUUACGAUCCGGACUUUAUCUCAACAAUCAGCAAUCAGAUGCAAGUUCCGGACUCAAUACCAGUGAUGAAUGGAGACACAGAAUUCAACACAAGGCGGAGUGCUGGCUGGGGAAACAGGGAAGAGGAAAUUAGAAGACAUGAAAUGAAUGUUCCUGAGAGAAUUCUCCUGGCAGGUGGUGGUGCACAUAUAGGGGCCAAACCAGAAAUAAGGGGACUUAAUUUUAAUGACGACUUGCCAAGGGGAAGUUACCAAGAAGCUGUUGGUUUACAGACACCACCAAGAACACUAACUCUGGAAGAACAAUUUCCUUCAUUGGAAAAAGAAGAGUCUGUCGAGGGUGAAGAAGGAGCUGGCAAUACUCGAGUACCAAAUGGGACGAUGGCAAUAAGGGAAACUUAUACACCAGUGUCAACUUCCGACUCCAUGAUGGUUUCGGAGGAAGAAACUGCACAACUGCGUAAUCAGUUGGUGAAAUUGAGUAGACGACUAACAAAGAUUGAAAAACAGCAGGAUGUGCAGGCUACGAGGGAAAAGCUUUUAUACACCGCUGCUUUCGGCUACCUGAUGUUGAAAUUCUGCUCCUGGUUCUUUCGCAGCAAAUGACAACUACUGCCGGUCAGACUGUCAGCUGGACCGAAAUUCUUAAACAUUCACACACUGUCGUUACUGUACAUCUCUCUUGUGAUAUAUUAUAGAAAAAGGAUUAUGGAAGGCCGGAACAGACUUCCUUCAGUGUUGCAUUAUAUAAAAUACCUAUGGGAAUGGUUUAUGCCUAAUACUGAUAGGGACAUUCAUAAAUACUAAUUUUCUAUUGGAACGUAGCUGUUAUAAUCUUAAUAUGCUUGUUUCUGUUAAAACACGCUAACACUUAAAUGACGUCAUCUAAACGUGUGAUGAUGUCAAUGUUUUUGUUGUGCCCAAGAAAGAGUAUUUUAUUUACUGUUUUAGAUUAGGGGCAUAUUAGAAUUGAAAUAAUGUAUAGCAAUAUCAUGUUUUACCUAAAUUAAUACACUCAAAAUCGAUUAUAGGUUGCCAGAAUAAUUCACUCAGGCUAUGCCUUCAUGAAAUUAUUCCGCAAACAUAUAACCUCUUUCAAUGUAUUAAUAACGAUAAAACACGGUUUUUCUGUAAAUUAUUUCUUAAGUCAUUUACUUUUUUGGCAUAAUAUUUUUAUGUGAAGACAGAAUGUCUAAUUUGUGGGGACCAGAAAUUGUGUUUUUAAAAAGUAUGGAAAGAUAUGUUAGAUGGAAAAGUUGCUAAAUAGUUUCAUUCUGUGAAAUUACAGUUCUAACUAAGAGCCCCACGAAUAAUAAUUUUACAGGUCUCUGAAAUGACUGAAUCAUCAACUAACAUCAGUAACAUGCAUGCUUGUUUGUUAAACAUUUGUAACCGGUGGAGUGCUGCGAAACGCUUUGACACUAUGUGACAUUAUAGCCAUGCAAGUUCAGCAGGAAUUGUUAACACAUGGGUCACAUUAGUUUAUCGUCGACAAUUCAGAAGCAGUGUAAAUAAUAAAAAUGAUUUAAUAAUCAAAGUUUUUCAAAGUUUUCAUCACAUUGUGUUUCCGGAGUAAAUUUAGUUUCCUCAUUCAUAAUGUUUGAUUUACCUAGUAACAGGAUAUUUCAUUGGUUCUUUAAGUACCGCUUGAUGAUAAAAUUGACAUUACAGUUAUACUUUACAUCAUUGUUUGGUAAAGGAUAUUAUAUCCUACAUAAUAACUAGUAUGGAUCUCA